UAUGAAAUAAGAACCCGUCCCUUAAAUAAAGGAACCGCGCGUUGGCGCCAUGCUCGCGACUGCGAAAGAUAGGAGGACGGGUAUUUGUGUUCUUGAUCCUUUUUUGGCGAAAAAAUAAUUAAUUGAAGUGUAUUUGAAUCUUCAAUUUCGUGUAUGGAUCCACGAUACACCGCCGAAAUAUUCAAGCAUUUGGAGAUGCAGAAUGAGCUGCUUUUAGAAUCUCAUUCAUCAAUUUCUCAUCAAUUGCAUAAGCUUCAGAGAAGCAAAUUACUGCAAGAGCAGUCUGCAUGUAGUGAAAGUGCGAAUGCCUACCUAAGCUCUACAGUUGGGAUUGCCUUUAUCUUUCGUUUUAGUGAUGAUACUUCUCGUGUCUCUCUUUCUACCAUUAAAGAGGGUAUAUUCAAGGUAGAAGAAGAGAUGUUGAUGCGUAAAUUUCAUGAACUUAUGAAGGCUCAAACUGUAAACAAAAAGAAUGAAAACAACGGUAACAUUUCCACUGCUUUAGUUGAUCCAGCCUGCGUUGAAGGUGAUGAAGCAGGUAAUUCCGCUCCUUUAGUUCUUGUAAAGAGCAAGGAACAAUUGUGAAAAAAGCUUUGUUCGAGUUUAAAUCUCAAUCAUAAACUCUGGUAACUUUUUAAUGUAGUGUUAAAAAUUUUCUCUCCAUCCUUUGAAUUUCAAUGAUUGCUGUAUAUUUUGGAAGCGAUUUCGGUCUUUUCUUUUUCUUAUUUUGUUGGUUCUUUGAGAUCACUAUAGGUCUUUUCCUAUUGUAGAAAACAACUUUGACGUUGAAUGUGAAUGUGGUUAACUUCGUGAAUCAAA